CAGUAGAGAAACAAAAGUUAUGACCCUGCAUAGGAGUUUCAUAAUAUAUAAAGCAAAAGAGCUGAAGAUGACAGAGAAAGAGGUUGAUGAAUUUUUAAAAACAUUCACAAAUUUUGGCAGCAUCCUCCACAUGCCUCAGUAUGACAGUAUUAAAGAUAUUGUCAUUGUCAAUAUUUGGGAGUUCACUCAAUACCUAGACAAACUUUAUUAUCCUCAAGAAGAAGAACCGUAUGCUCCCAAUCUGUUAAAGUAUGGAAUCAUAUCAGAAUCAUCUGUGAAAGAAAUUUUUUGCAAGCAUCCUGAGAGUGCUGAAGAUUUCAUGAAGGUUCUUACAACAAUUGCAAUGGCCUCUAAAAUUAAAAGUGGCUUGUCUAUCCUCAUUGAUUAUCAGCAGCAACCUGAUAAGGUGCACUAUUAUUUACCAUUAGCAAGAACGCGUGAAGUGUACACACCACCAGACAAAGAGAAUGAUUAUGCUUUCAUUGAGAUAGAGAGUGUCAACUUCCCAGCUAAUAUACAAGCUAGUAUUAGCUAUGCCAUUAUGGAUAAUAAUGACGAUGUUGUUCUUAUUGCUACAGAACCCAGCAAUGUCUCACAAUUUUUUUUCCAAUCUGAGAGUGGCCCUCCCAUUAUAAUAGAGAUGAUAUACAAAGGAAGCAAGACAAGGUUAAGAAUAAUGAACAGCUCCAAUGACAUACUCACAUCUCCAGCAGCAGUUGAAGCAUGUUACAAAGUAAUCACUGCUUCAUGUCGAUGUCUUGACAGAAAAAUUAAUACUAUAAGUGACCUCAAAUUUAGUUUUGCUGUGCCCUGCUGUGAGUAUCCUGAUAGAUAUCAUUAUCUCUACUACAAUUGUGAGCCUCAGCUUUGUGAUGCCUGUUCAGCUGAAAAUAAUUUCAGAUUAUGCUGGAGCAAAGCAGCAAAUAAAUGUGAAAAAUUAAACAAAGACGAUGGAGCAAGAUUAAAAGAAACUUGUCGUACAGAUAUUCUACUUAAAUUUCAGGACAUUGCUGGCCUUGUUACUGAUGAUUAUGAUUUUGAAGCCUUGAAAGAAGCACUUAACAUCAAAGAUGUUUCGACUCCUGAUCCAGAAGAUAGUGAGGGCAAAAAGAAGGCAAUGAUGCUGAUGCUCUUAAAUUGGGAAAAACAGACAGAAAUACCAACUAAGCAUGCACUAAAAACUAUAUUAGAGGAUAGGGGAUUUGCUCAUAUUGCCAAUAAACUGGAUACUGAAAUAAAAAGUGAUGUAUAUUAACUCAAAUAAUUACAAUACUAUAAUCUAUACUGUUAUACUAUAUUUAUAGGCUGCAUGUUUCUUCAUUGCUAGACUAUACUGUUAGAUUAAUUUUAAUAGUAAUUGAUAAAUAGAUCUAGACUUAUAUUAUUAUUAUUAUUAUUAUUAUUUAAUUUUAAACUACUCACUGAUGAAGAAUUCUAUUUGAUGUUUGUGGUAUGAAUGAUGAUAUGGAGACAGCUACAUAAAAAUAAGCACUUUAAUGACAAUUUCAAUUUUUCCUUUGAGCCCCGCCAUAGUAGAGUAGUAUCUAUGGCCUCCUAGAAGAAUGUAGACAGCCACGCCUUGUCGCCUUCUGUGGGUAUGAACUAUGGAGAAAGAAGAUCGAGGAGAAAACUUAACAACUUCAAGCGUAAAAGCUGAGCGUGUAUCUGGAGACAAGCAUUGAUGUUGUUGACAGUGUCCGGGCACCAACAGGAGAAGAUCACAAACAUGAAGCCGAUUCUGACCCCCUCUUCUAUCAACAAAACCCCUCGCAGAGUCCCACUUCAUUUGAUGCCAAUGCUGGAAUAGGAGGCAGACAAUCCGAUGCUGAUCUCUGUACUGGCUAUGAGAGUUUUGAUUAUGAAA